AUGGCGGAAAUCUUAGAUAUAAAAAAAUCGAUUAUUUUUGAUGAGUCUAUUGCACACUGUGAAGCUCAUUUACACCUACGAUACGCAUUAUCAACGUUCAACAACAGUGAUGAAAUCAGGAUUGCUGUUCAGCAUCAAGAUCUGUGCUUGCUCCCAAGCAAGAGCACAUUACAUUUUUAUGGAAGAAUGAGGAAAGCUGAUGGUACUGCUGUAAGUGCUACUACGAAGAUGGUCAACAUGGCUGUUUGUCAUAUGUUUGAAGAGAUACGUUAUGAGCUCAAUGGUGUAGAAAUUGACAGAUGUAAGAAUGUGAGUAUCACCAGUGUUAUGAAAGGAUACGCUUCUCUGAGUCCGGAACAACAAAAUAUUCUAGAAAAUGCUGGUUGGAUUGUUAAUGAAGAUGACAACAAGCUGACUGAUAAUAGCGGUUACUUUGAUGUCUCACAUGAAUUGAUACUGAUCAGAUCAAACACUGAUCAAAAUGCUUACGUUGUUACCGCUGCAGCACCUGACAAUGUUACAAUUACAAUCCAAAAAAUUGAGUGGAUUGUACCGUAUAUAGCAGUGUCUGACAAACAAAAAAUCGAGGUGUUGAAUUACAUAACCUCUGAUCCAGCUAUCCCAAUCAGUUUCCGGACUUGGGAAUUAUAUGAGUAUCCACUGCUACCAGCUACCAACAAGCAUAUUUGGGUAAUCAAAACAACCAACCAGCUUGAGAAACCUCGUUUUGUCAUCCUUGGAUUCCAAACAGCAAGAAAGAAUCAAUCGAAUCAAAACGCAAGCGAGUUUGAUCACUGCAGCAUAAGAGACAUUAAGCUGUUCUUGAACUCUCAGAGUUAUCCAUAUGGAAAUUUGAACCUCAACAUUGUGCAUAAUCAAUAUGCCUUGAUGUAUGAUAUGUACACAAAUUUUCAAAGUGCUUACUACGGGAAAGAAGCUGAACCGCUAUUGGCUAAGAAGAAUUUUCUGAAUACAGCACCUCUGUAUAUAAUUGACUGUUCCAAGCAGAACGAGUCAAUCAAGUCUGGACCUGUGGAUAUACGCCUGGAGUUUGAAUCGUCAGCACAGUUUCCAAAUCAAACUGCUGCUUACUGUUUAAUAAUACAUGAUCACAUCAUUGAAUACAAUCCAAUCAGCAGCACUGUAAGAAAACUUACGUAG